UGUGUUCAAUGAAAUAACGUUGUUUUUUACGAUAAAGAAUUAUGUUCGUUUAUGCGCAGUAAGAGAGAUUUUUAAUUAGAAACGAAACAUUGUGGAUCUGCACGUUUCUCUGCGUUCUUCGAAUAAUGGUAGACUGCUAUUCUCUCGGUGAUAUCUUGGAACGACAGUUUAAUAAGUUACAAGAACUCAACAGAGCGACGAUAUGUGUAAAAGGUAAAGAUGCAAUAAAAGAAGAGCUUUACGAACUUCGUUCAGAAGUGUCAGUAUUAUCUGAUGGCAUCGAUAAGUUAAAGGAAAAAUUGCACAAAAUGAAGGAACAGAAUAAUCAAUGCAAUGAAUUAUUAUCACUGAUGAAGGUUUUGGAUGAAAAGAUUAUUCACAUGGAAAUGAAUGUUCCACCUCAAGUUAUAUAUAAUUAUCAUCAUGCUCAGAACGAAUUGAGCAACGUUCUCCAAGAAAUAUUCACGUGUAAUGGGACAACAUUGCCAGAAAAAACAAUGCAGACAAUAGAGAAUGGUAUAGAGGAAUGUGAAUCUCCAGUGAAAGACUGCAAGAAAGUAUUGUUUAGUACGCGCGAGACUUAUCCCACGAUACCUUUAAUAACGAAAAACGAAUUCACUGAUAUACCCAAGUAUAUUAUCGGUAGACAGCCUCUAGAAGCAGUGAAUGGAUUGAUAGACACCAUUAAUCAGAUAUUAAAAGCAAAAUAUACAUUUUUGGCACUGGGAAAAGCACACGCAAGGAAACAUGGCAAUUUGACCCUUUUUCUUCAUUAUAAGAGACUAGAUUCAGAUAUUUGUACUGACAAAGAGCAAAUAUACUUUUUCACUGCUGAAGACUAUGAAAAGCACACAAAGUCUAAGCUUAAUAAAAUUAAGUUGAACUUAAUGACUGUUCUAAGACAUUGUAAAAGAUUGCGGGAACAUAGGGUAAAAAAUGAUCUGAGAUACGUUGUAAUAACAGAAUGAUAUACAGUAUUCUCUCAAAAAUCUCAGGAAGUUUCAUCCAGGAGGAUUUUCAGUUCUUUGUAUUUGAUACAUUCGCAUACAUAUGUUGUGUGAUUAAAUUCUCAUUAAAAGAAUUUGAUCAAUUUGUUGAUACAAAUUAUAGAAACUAUAAUGAAAAAUAAGCCUAACAUUUGAUACGAUACUGGCCGAGAACUGAAUCGCCAAUGCGAUAUUUUCUAGGGCUGCAAGUGAAAGAUUUUUGCGGGAUUAAUGUAUUUUUUUAAAGACACGUAUAUAUAUCGAUUUAAGAAAUUGUUUUCGUAUUUUUGUACGAGCACUUUUCUACGCAAAAGA